ACUGCUCCCACACGGCUUCCUAUCUCUGAGCGUAGUCUCCACUCAAAUGUUAGCUCCUCAGAGCGUCUUCCCUGCGCUCCUCUUAGCGUGCCCACAGCUCGUCUUAACAGCGGCUGCUGCUCCCAUGUAAACGCACAGCGUGCCUGUGGUGCUUCUAGAAGGCCAGACUUCUGAAACACUCAGCACAACUUCAUCCUCGUGAACAUCACGGGGACCAGGAGCUUCUAUUUCUCUCAGUCUUCAGGUAUAGGACGGAGGAGGCACAGAGAGAGGUGGGGCUUGCCCCGGUGACACAGCAGAACUGGGCCUCUGAGGUGUUUACUCUAUCUCGCAUUGUCUCAGGUGUCUGUCACCCACACCCCAUCCUGCCCAUGGGUAGCCACAUUCUAGUCUGUGCCCUGCUGGAUUAUCCCAGCAUGAGGGUUUGGCCUGGCCCACAACAUGAGCUUGGUUAGUGUUUUCUGGAUGGGAACAGGGAGCAGGGGUUUGGUCCUCAGAGCCUAGUCCAAGUCAAGGUCACCUUGCUGGAAAUGUCUCGAUUUUUUGAGGCUUGAGGCUGGGUGAGGCUCAUCCUGGUCCCCAGGAGGACCUCUGUCUCCUGACCCCUCCCUGGCAGAGAUGCCAAGUGGAGCUUUUCCCUUUAGCAACAUCUGGGACCCUUCCAAGUCCUCCUCCUGCCACGAAGGAGCCAGGGGUCUCUGGAACACGGUGGGUGGUGGUCACUGUUGAGCAGCCAGCAAGGACCCCUAGGAUGUGCUUUGACCCGACUGCUCAGGCAGCUGGCAAGGACUGAGUGGGGAGUGGACCGUGGACCCUAAAGCACUGAGCUCCCAAGGAGCCUGGUUGGAAAUGUGUGGCAGCUGACCCAAGGGUAACACCCCAUUGCUAUCACAGCUACACAAUGCCAGGACAGGGACAGCCUGGUGAUAAAGGUGAAGAGCCCGGGGCCCAGAGAUGUGAGGCAAUCUGUUCCCUGUCACACAGCCCACCCGAAAGGGUUGUGUCUGGAGUGCUUCAGAUUCCUGAAAAACUAGGGAGGAGCCAACUACAGGGUGGGAGCACCCACUCUGCCCACUCACCCAUGGCUGGCUGUCCAAGAAAGGCCAGCUUGCUUGAGUCUCAGUGUUUCAACUGUGAGUAAGGGGCGAGGAGCUAGUGGUGUCUCCAGAGAGCCACAGAGACUGGCUGCUCUGCUGAGCUACUGCCCGGCUGUUUUCCUUAACCAAGCAGUAUGUCUGAAAGGGGAAACUGAGUCACAGGUUCAGAAUGGAUUGCCUGGCCAGCCUCCUCUUGUCCCCACGGAGGGCAGACUAGCAGCUGCCUCCCAGCACCAUGGCUGUCUGUGUGCUGAGCGUCUACAGUGUGCUCUGACCAGUGUUUCCUGCUGUCCCUGUGACAACCUCAGAGGGAUGGGGACACGGACCCCAUUUACAGAAUCAGCUCGGAAAACAGAGGUUAGCCACCUCUGUUAGUCCACAUGAAAGCUACAGAGAGCCUUUGGCCUGCCUGGUCUGGCUGGCUCCCCCUUCCAGAGUCCUGUCCCUUCCUACAGCUAGGAGUGCCCGGUCUAGCCGGUCGGAGCCCAGCGUGGCACUUGGCAAAUUCAUCUUGAGGGCCACUGACCUAAAGACAUGAUAGCUUCAGAGGAUUCCCCAAGGAUCUCUUUCCCUGCACACCCCCAUUUCUUGCAAAAAAAGUUUCUUACACACACACACACACACACACACACACACACACGUAUUAUUUAUCUCGAAAGCGAUUAACUCAAGGGUUCAGAGAGGCAAAGUAACUUGCCUAGGAUCACACAGGAGAGAGUGAAGGCAUGCUGUCUUUUUUAGGAGACAUACCAGUAAGCUGGGGAUAGACAUUUGGCCCAAAUGUAGAAUCAAGUUGGACAAGAGCCUAUGAAAUCAUUGAGACUCCAAGGAGUCAGGCAUAUUUGUGGGUUUUUACUUUAUUUUAUUUUAUUUUGAGCCAGUGUCUUGCUAGGCAGCCUACAGUCUACCACACCCAGCUAAGUUAUUUCUAAGGACAUUUACUAAGUGAGGCCAAGGAUGGAAAUCCUAAGCACCAACUACAUCUGGAAAGGGGCCGAAGGCAUGGCCACCUUCUGGCAGCCUGGGCUACCUGCUUACAGUGACUCUAGUGUCCCAGCGCAUAGUAGGCAUACAAUAAAAUGGACCUAGAAGGGGUCACUGUUAUUCGCAUUGAAUCUUGGUGUCCUGGGCGCCAGAGGGUGUCCCAGGGGUCUCAUACAUAUCUGAUGGGAGCUAAGGAGGAGCCCAGCCUGGAGGCUCACCCUCCUGUCUCCUGAGGGUGGGUGUGGAAGCCACUUCUGUUAGCUGCCCUCUCCAGCCCAUCCCCGGUGGGGCGCGCGCAGGUUUGUCUCUCUUGCUGAAGGCCCAGAUUUAGUGAACUAGGGGCUACAGAAGCACCUUUCCAGGGGCACCAAGACCCGCCCCCCACCCCACCCCCCAGCUUCUAAGCUCUGGGGUGGGAGAGGCCAAUGCCAUGUGAGCGGCCCCCAUGUGUGCCAUGUGCUUCCCAGUAACACUGUGGGAGAAGGCUUUUAUUUAGAUAGGGAGCAGGGCGGGGCGGGGGUGGUUCUCACUAGUUCAUCCUUGGCUAGUCUAGAGCUCACUAUACAGCCCAGGUCGACCUUAAACAUCUGCCUCUGCCUCUUACAGCUGUGCACCCUCCCUCCCCCCAUGCCUAGCAGGGAAACCUCUUGAGGAUUACUUCUGGGACACCCUGAGGGUACAUCAGGACGGCAGUGGAUCAAAGACACAGCACUCUGAGAAAGGCUACUGGGCUCCUAGAAUGAAUCAUGGAUACUCUAGUAGGAGCAGCAGGCCGUGGUAUGGGUGUUUGGGAACUCUCUAUUUGUGUCCCCACCAGACACACGAGGUGUCCUGGGGUCUGCUGCCCUCAGGGUGCAUGGGUUCUUUACUUUUGCUGAUCCUCAGAGUCCUGGGCUCAGACAAGUACCCUCCAAGCACAGAGCACAUGGGGCCAGUCUUCUGGUGACUCAGAGGGAGCUAGGCGUGGGGGCGUGGGACCAGGGAGGAAACUCUCUCCCCGACUGACUGAGAGCUAAUUCUGUCUGGGGCCGGGAGCCAGGCCUGCAGCUGGAGCAUCUGUGUGGUUUCCAGACACCUGGGGUCCCAGGACUGCAGCCCCUACGUGAUUCUAGAACCAUCCAUGAGAGCCGGGCAGCUACCCCCAAAUCCUCCCUGUCUGGAGUUAUUCCCUGGAGCCUGGGAAGGCAAUGCUGGGUGAGCCUGUGCCAAUCAUGUGACUUCUCUGAACCUGUGUGUGCAAAUCUGUGACACAGGGACAAGGUGUCCCACAAAAACAUAAUGUGUGUGAGCUCCUGAGCCCUAAGCUCUGGGGUACAUUGAGCACAGGUUGGCCCAAUUCUCUCUGUUCUUUGAUUUACAGGGGGCCACUCACCCUCCCUGGACCUCAGUUUCUAGUCCAGGACACCCUCUGAGCGACUUCUCAGUUUCUAAAAAGCCGUUUCUUUGGAGGCAGAGAGACCCACAGAAGUGGCUAAGCCAUCACCCAGCUGGACUGUCAGCUGGAGUGGUGGGAGAAGGGGACAGGAGCCAGAUCAAACAAACAGGCCAUUUGGAGAUGGAGAAGGGUUUUAAGUUCCCUCCUGGCUCCUACCCUCACAGCCACGCCCACUGCCCUGAUAAGGCCCUCCUGGUUGUUCUGAGGCUGCUGGCCCGCAUCUACUGUGGAGAAGAGAGUGAGAGAGUGAGUGAGUGAGAGAGAGAGAGAGAGAGAGAGAGAGAGAGAGAGAGAGAGAGAGAGAGAGAGAGAGAGAGAGAAGCAGCUGCCAGGAGCCCAGGUGCUUGCAAAGGUGAGAGAUGUAGGUGAAGGGCCAUGACUAGGACAGGGAGGGGGAUUACAGAGAAAGACAAAAAGAAGCAGAGAGAGAGAGAGAGAGAGAGAGGGAGGUCCAGAAGCCAGCAGGAGGGACAGGCAAGGAAUAGGACCCCAUGUGGCCCAGGGGUACAGAAGGGACAGAAGCAGAGUUGAAGACAGACAGACAUCUGCUGGUCAGAUGUCUCCUGCACCAUCCUCUGCCCAUGGGGGUGGGGAGCACAUGCCAAUGAGAGGCGGCGGCAGAGGCGGACCCCUGUCUUCACAGGCAGCACAGGCUUAUUCUGCCUCUCACCAGGUAUUUCUAGCCGUGCACAGUGACUGAUCAGCCGAGGACCUACCCUCGAGUUCUAUUCUGCAACAGUGAACAGUGAAGGUCUCCAAAGAGAUGGAGUACGAGGGUUACAACGACUCCAGCAUCUACGGUGAGGAGUAUUCUGACGGCUCGGACUACAUCGUGGACUUGGAGGAGGCGGGUCCACUGGAGGCCAAGGUGGCCGAGGUCUUCCUGGUGGUAAUCUACAGCUUGGUGUGCUUCCUCGGGAUCCUAGGCAAUGGCCUGGUGAUUGUCAUCGCCACCUUCAAGAUGAAGAAGACGGUGAACACCGUGUGGUUUGUCAACCUGGCCGUGGCUGACUUCCUGUUCAACAUCUUCUUGCCCAUCCACAUCACCUAUGCCGCUAUGGACUACCACUGGGUGUUCGGGAAAGCCAUGUGCAAGAUUAGUAGCUUUCUGCUAAGCCACAACAUGUACACCAGCGUCUUCCUGCUCACUGUCAUCAGCUUCGACCGCUGCAUCUCCGUGCUCCUCCCCGUCUGGUCCCAGAACCACCGCAGCGUGCGUCUGGCCUACAUGACCUGCGUGGUUGUCUGGGUCCUGGCUUUCUUCCUGAGUUCCCCGUCCCUCGUCUUCCGGGACACGGUCAGCACCAGCCACGGGAAGAUAACCUGCUUCAACAACUUCAGCCUGGCCGCGCCCGAGCCUUUCUCUCAUUCCACCCACCCGCGAACAGACCCGGUAGGGUACAGCAGACAUGUGGCGGUCACCGUCACCCGCUUCCUCUGUGGCUUCCUGAUCCCCGUCUUCAUCAUCACGGCCUGUUACCUCACCAUCGUCUUCAAGUUGCAGCGCAACCGCCUGGCCAAGACCAAGAAGCCCUUCAAGAUCAUCAUCACCAUCAUCAUCACCUUCUUCCUCUGCUGGUGCCCCUACCACACACUCUACCUGCUGGAGCUCCACCACACGGCUGUGCCAGCCUCUGUCUUCAGCCUGGGACUGCCCCUGGCCACAGCCGUUGCCAUCGCCAACAGCUGUAUGAACCCCAUCCUGUACGUCUUCAUGGGCCACGACUUCAAAAAAUUCAAGGUGGCCCUUUUCUCCCGCCUGGUGAAUGCCCUGAGCGAGGACACAGGACCCUCCUCCUACCCCAGUCACAGGAGCUUCACCAAGAUGUCCUCAUUGAUUGAGAAGGCUUCAGUGAAUGAGAAAGAGACCAGCACCCUCUGAGCCUUCCCUGGGACUGUCCCCAAUGGGCUCCACAGCCCAGGGACUUGUCUCCUGAGGUAGGAGACACGCCUGGAGCCUUUGGGUAUGCCCCAGCGCCCGCUACGUCUUGCGCAAGGCGGCCCAUUGUUUUGGGUGGAGUUCCCAAGUGUGGACACUCUUCCAGCAAAAUGGCAGACAAGCAACCUGAGCCCCUGCAGCAGGAGUAUAGGACCAACUUCCACCGGCUCAGAAAAGGGAGGGUCUCUGAAACCAAGGUCUGAGCUGUGACCCACAUACAGGCACACAAUUUCACUGUGGAUGCCCCAAACAUGCUGCACAGUCUCCAGUGUGGGUGAGGACGUCACUGCAGACCUGUUAUGGCGACAUGACAGUCAAACCAGCAAAUACCCCACCACCACUGUCAUCCUCCAAGAUCUUGACUUUGGAUUUCAGAAAAAUGGGGAGGACCAGGACCUGAGGGGCUUCAUAGAACUUGCUUGCAAGGGCAGCCCAGGUGUGUGUGUGUGUAUGUGCUUGUGUGUGUGUGUGUGUGUAUGUGCAUGUGUGUGUGUGUGUGUGUGUGUGUGUGUGUGUGUUGAAGAGGUGGAGACAGAGAGCAGAGAACCCCAAAGGAUGUGGGUACAGGAUAUCUCACACCAUCAUGCCACAGGGAGACAGAGCUACAACGAUGGGUGCUUGGGGGUUCAGAUGGUGGCAGCUCUUUGCUUCAGUGUGUAUACCCCCCUAGCACUGUACCCCCAGGCUGGAGGGGGGCUCUUCACAGAAGCUUCCAACCCAUUCCAGCACUGGCUGGAAGGGCUUGGGAUGUCCCUGGAGACUGGUCUGGGACUAUCUUCAAAGCGUCUUCCAAAGGCUGCUGCUGACCAGCUCACCUGACUCCUCCUUGAACACACUCCCCACGUGGGGCAUCACAGCCCCGAUGGCAGCCCAGGAUCAGGCCUCCCUCCCUUGACAGGGAAAUGACUCACCCAACCCCAUGCACUGUCAGUAACAAAGACCCAGGCCCAGCUCCACCUGGCUGAUGUCAUUCCCUCCCUGGGGAUGGGGUCGCUUGCAUUUAUUUAACAUGUCCCACACCAUGUUAAGCACUUCACACGUUAUCUUCUCAUUUAUUCUUCACGGAAACCUGGGGUAGGUCCUCGUGCAUGUGAGGAAGCAGAGGCUCAGAGAGGUUAAGCAACUGGCCCAAGGGGGCCCAGCUAGGUGUUGGCAGAGACCGGAUUAGAACCCCAGUUCUCCUGGCUGAAAGGAAGAUGGAGAGUCAGCGGUGGGGGAAGCUAAUGGGUUUGGGGUUUUAGCCACAAAUACAGGUUUUUCAGUGGAUCCACGUGGACACCUUAAUAGCCUUUACGAGGUUUUGCAUGUUGUUUUCAGAGCAAUCCAACAUUCGAAGAAAAGGCUGUCUCCAGCCUCAGCCCCCAUGGGUCCCAUCACGCACACCCUGAAAUCUGCUGAGUGAGCAUAGGAGGAGCCUGGCAGGUCAGCCUCUCUGGUCCAAGGCCUUCUGGCCCCUGCAGUGUCCUCUGUUCUCCUCCAAGCCACUUCUCCACCGGGGCAAAACACACAGACAUGCGUCCUCUGGCCUGGCCAGUUCCCGAAUUUUAGAUUGCUGGGAGUCACACCUCAUCAGGGGACAGACUGUUCCUCCCCGGUUGGGUCUUACGAUGAGGCAGUUCCAAACUGAUCCAAGCUGGAACCUCUGGCUUCUCGGAGAGCGGAAUGUACAGGGGAGGUUUAGUACAGGGGAGGUUUAAAAAUAGCCUCGUGUUCCCAUUGUCCCGCCCCUACCCUCCCAGGGCUACACAUGUGCAACCAAGGCAUGCCAGGGUCUGGGAUUCAUCAUAUCAACAGAGAUGCCUGUCCGUGACCAGGCCACAUGGCCCCUUGGACAGUGCACUUCCUGGAGGGCUGGCCAGGCCAGGCAGGGGACCAGCAAAUCUUUUGCCAUUGGAAAAACUGACCAGCAGGAGUGUUACGCCAGUCCAUGUCAACCCCCUAGAGCCCACCCUCUUCCUCUUCCUCCUGGCUGUCAUAACACCCCUGUGCUGACUUCAGUUCACGCCAAGUGCUAAGUGAAACCUUCAGCCUUGUCCUCACGGACUUCUCACAGCCUAACUGCCCCCGAUCCCCCGUCUCCCAGGACUUACAUAUAAUCCCUGCAGCUGGCAAAGUGCUGUGGCCCUCUAUGUCCCCCUAAAGACCAACAGGGCCAGCAGCGCCUUCUCUGGAGCUGGGACCCAGCAGAUGGCCUCACGGGCUGCCCCCCGGGUGGGUGAUGAGCGGUGGGACCAAGACAAGGUGUGGAGGGACAAGAAGGGGAGACCGCUGGAGUGUGGGGGAGGGGAGCGGAGUGUGCUUCUGAGCAUCCAGAUGCCAAGGAGCACUGUAGUCUGUGCUUGGACCCCGGGGAGGACGAUGCUGUGUCCCUGUGUGGCAUGCAGAAACUUAAGUAAGGGCCACACGGCUAGGAAGUAAUGUGGGGCUUCAGGGCUUGGAACUGACAUUACCUUUGUCAGCCUAUGGAAACAGGAUGGGGAGGGAGGAGGGAGGACAGAAGGGAAGACAGAAAGGAGGGAGGGAGAACAGGCAAUGGAGUAAAGCCGCCCCACCUUGGAAUCCCCAUCUCUGUUGAGCCAUCCAGGUUCUCUUUGAAACAUCAUCUCCAGGGACUCCCUGUCAAAAGAGUGACCUUGGGUCUGUGUUUUUUGAGGUCCCUCAUGGGGAGGGUCAGACUUCUCCAAGGCCAGGGAUGUGCCCUAGGGAAAGACUGGUGCUGCCUGGGGAGAGUGGGCUGGUGUUGAGUGGGUGGAAGGUCCAGGAGGGCUCCAGGUGGACCUGCAGGGGUGGCAGGCCAGGACUCCUGGGGAGGGAGAGAGCCAUGUGGGAGCCCUGAGGGCUGGGCUGCAGGGAGCAGGGAACGGGAGGUGGACAGAAGACCAGGGCUGGGGAGACACUGUGCAGACUGAUCUGCUCAGACCUGCUUGUUGAGUCUGCUGUGGAGAGCACUGGGAGGAGGAAGCCAGGAGGCUACAGCAUUGAGCAGCAGGAGCCCCAGAGGCCUCCAGACUGGGAGAGCUGGAGAGAGCAGAGGGCUCGGUAUUUAAAAGCUCUGAGCUUUCUCAGGGGAGCGGUUAGCAGGAAGCCAACGCUGGGCCCAUCUGUGCAGCACAGAGGUCCUGCUGCAUUAGUCUGUUGAUGGAAAUUAAUUGUAAAUAUUAUUCAAACGUACCUCCCAGUGCACAAUUAUACUUCUCAGGGGAGUUCUCUGAGUACAUCGGGAAACUCUGUAAAUAAUACAUACAUUAGCCCAGGCGUGCUAAUGCUGUGUCGAGGUUGUGGCUGCCAGAAUCACUCCAAGUGUUUGUGCAGGGGGUUAGCCUUGGACACCCAGACGUGUCUCCUCCAGAGGAUGGGGGCAACCCUAGGCAUGCCACCCAACUCCUGGCCUAGAUGCCUGGUCACUGGGCAGGUGGGGACACAGAGCUGGAGAGAGAGGAAGACACACAGGUCCAGAGAAUGCCCCGCUGUGCUGAAGAGGUUCAGUGGCUGCUGCACUAAAAAUGUGGCCUGGCUGUGCUCAGGCUUGGGGCAAGCACUUAGGGAGUCCUUUUUGAUAAGACCCAGCGCCACGCCUAUAGAUGGAUGAAGAGAUGGAGAGAUUCAUAAAGGUGAGGGGUUUGCAUAAGGUCAUAUAGUCAGUGAGAGCCCUGUCGUCUGGUUGUCUGUCUGUUAGAAAGUUCUUGCUUUCCCAAGAAGUUAGUCAGUCUCUGUCCUCCACCCCCAACCCCCACUCCCAACUCCUGCAAGUCCAAGGACUGCGUUGUCCUUGGAGGGGAAGGGUAUGGCAUUUACAGGGUUUGCCAGUCAGUUCCUCUCAGCCCUUGGGCUUUGGGAGAGACACUGCUUCAAGCCCAUCCCUUCUCAGUGCCCCCCCCACUUCCCCUGGGUUUCACAGAUCACAAAAUUGAGCAGGAUGGUGUGGUUUGGGGGACACCCCCUCCCACCUCACUGAGGGUGUCCACGUGCUCCUGAGAGUCAGUUUAAAAGAUCAGCUUAGAUACCCACGGUUCACCAAGCUGCCCCCUUCAUCCCCGAGCUUUCAGCAUCAGCUUCGGUGAACGUUUGCCCCGGGUCCAGCAGAAUCCUGGCUGAAGUAGAGGCAGGUCUCAGCAAAAACCCGCUUUAGAGCAGAGGCAAGAUAUUCCUAAGACGUUUUCACUGUUGGCCUGGAUGUGGGUAGGUGGUGUCUCUGGAAGUAAUGACAGGAGCCGUAACAAACUCUCAAUCUGUCUGUCUGAGAUGAAGAUGCCUUUUGAAAAUAAAAUUAAAGAUCUUUUAGAAGCAAAUCAA